GGAGUUGCUAGAGACUUUCUGACUGUGAUAUGAACGUUUUACAUACUAUAUAAAACAUUUUAAUUAUACUUAGUUUGCGAAUUAACUUUGUUAGGGCAAUAAAGUUGUUAAACUUCAAUAGAAAAGUAAACCAGCGUUGUGUAGAAACAUGAAUUUCGUCGCUUAGUUUGUCUGCUGUGUUUAAUUACACGCUUGUAGUCCAGACUUUUAACUUUGACCUCGCUAUAUGAAAGGCAAUAAAAUUGUUCAACUAACUUCAAUAGAAAAGUGAAAGCUUUGAUAUCACGAGUGUUAACGAGGUAGGUUAAGUGUUGUAGUCUGUGAAAGUGUCCGAGUCCUUAAUUACUGCGGGAGCUACCAGCGCCGUGCUUGUCGCUUUGUUUCUACGGUGGGAAAGAAGUGUUGUAAGGAGAAAGGCAAAUACGAGCCGAGUUAAAAAGGGACUCGCUCUUGUGUUUGAAACUCAGAAUUUUUUCGUUGUCUUCGUUUGGUUGGUUUGUUGUAGCUUGUGUGGUAGCCAUGAGAAUUGAGGAUAGAGUUGGUCUUAAAUUGAGAGGUCAGUUGAAACUGGUGGUAUGCGGAUCUACGAAUAAAAUCACAAUCACCAUUCUUGGUCUACGAUCUCUUCCCAGCACUUCGUCCAAUACUAACCAAGUUUACGUCAAGAUGUCAUUGUCACCGGAGUUCGAAUCGCGAUUACGUCACAAAACUUCGACUUAUGACGUCACAGAAGAAUCUAUUGCCAUGCACGAGACGUUUUCAUUCGACAUCUGUCGGAGAGAUUCAAACAGACGAGUUUUAGUUUCAGUUUGGAUGAAAAACAACGAACGAACAUUUCUACUCGGGUGUAUGAGCUUCGGUGUUCGGAGUAUUGUGACGUCACAGGAGAUAACACAAGGAUGGUAUUACCUUCUGAAAGAAUCGCUUGGCCGAAGUAAACACCUUAAGUUUAAGUUCACCAAACCUGCAAGACGUCAGGAUCCGUGCAGACGAUCGAAGUCACGUGAUAGAAUGAACAGAAGGCGUUCCGCUCGAUCGGACAGCAGCAACAGUUCAUUGUCCAGCAGUUUGUAUCGAACCAAAGUUGCAAGGAACACACCGCGUAGAUACGAUAUACGUCACGAUGACGUCAACCACGUGACGUCACUGAAGAAAAGAAGAAGAAUUUCAAAUGGAUUUGAAGAAUUUAAACGACCGAGUAUUAACCAAUCAAAAGCCGUCGCUGUCGGUUGCCGUGACAACCAUCACGUGAAUGGAUUAUUUGUCCCGAAAGUAGUGGUGGCGCUAGAGCGAAGGUCUCGUGACGUCACGAACCAUGACGUCACCAAAGUAGGAAAAACUCCGACCGGGCGACGAAAUAUUCGAAGAAAGGAUUAUUCCCCUAAUGACGUCAUGAUAUCCAGACUUAACUACUGCGUGGAUUAUAACGUCGAUGAUGACGUAUUUGAAACGGAAGCUUCUGUGAAGUCACCAGUUAUAAACCCGGAAACCUCAAUCGAUGUCAUUCCUGACGUCACAGCGCAACAUGAAGACGAUUUCAAUGACGCAACCGAAUAUAAUUUUAAUCCACCGGUCAACAGUGAAGAGAAAUCAUCGGGAAACACUGCUACCCCAAUUAUGACGAAACAAAGACGAUUGUCUCUUGAUUCUUUGUUAAAAUCGCCGUUUAUUGGAAACAAAACAAUCGACAAUCUGCUUAAGGUUUGUGACGUAAUACAUGAAAAUGACGUCAAACUCGAGGAGCGCUUUAAAUCGAAACCAAACGCAUUGUUUGGUUUGAAAAGUUGGUUACCGAUGCAACGUAAGCAUGACGAAGCAAAACCGUGUAAAAGUUUGAAAGAGGACGACCAUACGAAGAGGGCGGAUUUCGAACGAAAGAAAUUCCGACGAAGUUUGACGAUUCGUCGCUCGAAAAGAAAUCCAACGAAUGAAAUAAACCAACCUUCUUCGUCGCUUGCUCUAUUGUUAACUAGGAAAGACGAAGUUGCCGCCUUUCGUUCGUUUCUUCAGAGCGAGUUCAGCGAAGAAAAUCUUAACUUUUGGUUGGAAUGUGAAAAUUAUAAACAAACCAAACAAAACAAGAUCCGCAAGACGGCGGUAAAGAUCUACGAGCAAUAUUUAGCAGUUGGUUCUUCGAAUGAGAUAAACGUGGAUGCAAGAACACGUGACACCGUUAAAGCAAAUCUAUCCAACCCGAACAUAGAAAUCUUUAAUCAAGCCCAAACCCGCAUCUUUAAGUUAAUGGAGAGCGAUUCUUAUCGACGAUUUCGUUUAAAACUAUUGUGAUAUUGAUGCGUUUAUACGAUAACACUGUGAAAUGUUCCAAUUUAAUGUUGUUGUUAUAAUAAAUUUUAAAUUUUAUACACAGUGUUGUUAGUUUUGUAGUCUUUUAAACUGUUUUCUGAAAUUAAUACACAAAAAUGAUCUAUUUAAGUAGUAUUCUAGCAUUUGAAACGCAGAAAUGGGCACGUCAAUGAUAUACUUCAGGAAUUUUUUCAUUUUGUCGAAAACGACAACGUGUACCUUGCCGAAUACACUUUUAAAUCUGUUA